AAUCUAACCCCGCCAGAUGAACCGAGCGCUCCCAUCUCCCUCGGACAGCAGCGCUGUCAUGUUUGUGAUGGAAAGGUACAUCCCCGCGGUCUUCAGUCUUCAGUCUUCACGCGUAAAGACCAGCUAACCCGCGCCGUGCUGACAUCAGGCCCAGACGCAGCUCCCGAAGGAUCAUCCAUACAGAAUCUGAUAACGAAGAGGAGAAGCCUGUUCUGUCCGAGGCUGAACAACCACCGAACACCACCCGGGCAGAAAUGACCCCACAGAGAAACGGAAACCCCACCCCCGACCAGGACGUCGCAGUUCAAGUUGAACCAGUCCCCGUCUUCGGACCGAGGCGCCAGCUCCCCACUUAUCUGCUAGCGACGCUGGAGAAAUGGCACCGCGAGCAUGGUAACGACUUACCCGCCUGCAAAUGCGGCGGCCGCGCGCCAAUCCUCAUCUCGAAGGUGUUCGAUCGGCAGGGCCGCGAGCUGGAGCUCGCACGGUACACGGUGGUCAAGCCACGCAAGUAUGAUGUGCUGGUGCUGCAUGAGGCGGUGGGCACGGUGAGAUUCGUCCUUUGUGAUCCCCCGCAACGCACCGAGGAGGGCACAUUCCUCAGACCGUGGUCGGGGUCGCAGCACGGAGAUGAGCUGCAGCACUGCGCGGUCCGGGUGUUUGGGUCUUCCAUCGACGAUAUUGUCUAUUCGGACCUGGCGUGGGACUACUUGAAGAAGCGCAUGGCUGGAGAGACUGCCCAGAGCCGGUCGGUGUCUCGAAAUAACACCCCGCCAGAGGAGAUCGGAAGAAGACGCAUGGCGCUGGUACGUCAGUGUAAAAGAACAAGGGGAAGAGGAGGUGCGGUCACAUUACGCACACGGCAGGAAACUUCCUCCAGACGGGUACCGCCGCCCACUCAGGCUGAGAGCUCAUUGGAGGAGGAAUCGUCGGACGAUGAGGAAAAAAGCGUCGCUGCUCCCCCUCCGGCUAAGAAGCCAAAGGCCAAGGAGAUGAGUGCUUCCUCGGAAGAGACCAAGCCAGUCCAGGUCGUGUUUCGGGUCGCGCCGCUGACAUUGGGCAAACCUUGUCGAAAUAUCCCCUUGGAGGCUUGUCGGUCCCGACAGGAAUUGUUCAAAAAGGCUCAGGAUUUCUACCGAGCCCGCGACAAAAACGCCCAGAUCGAGUUUCUCGACUGUCAGAUCGAGUCCCCGCAGCGAGAGGCAUACUGCCUUGUUGAGGACAGUGAUGCCGAAUUCCUCAUGAUGGUGGAGCAGGCGCAGAGUUUAAAGGGGAAAGAGCGAGUAGUCGUGAAUGUUGUGCCUGGGAUGCAGAUGUAGGCGGAGACAUGAUCGGAUCAUAUGGGAUAGGUGUGAGCCACUCGGUGGAUAUACCGCAUAGUAACUUAUCUUCUCACCAACAUGUGGAUAUCUGAUUAUUC